AUGGGUGUACCACCGAACAAGGAGCACGAGAUUCGAUUUAAGCCGGUGCAAGGAGCAGGGAACGAGCAGUUACGGUGCCCUGAAGCAGCUCAAUCGACUCUGACUGCCGAGCAUGAGAUCCCAAAAUGUAGCGAGGAGCAUUCAUUGGUCUCAUGCAGAAAGGAAAACGCAUUACAAACGCCAUGUGGGCAAUCGCAGCCACUUCUAUUCAAUCAAACAGUCCCAGGACUGAGGUCAGAGUCCUCCACCAGCAGCUUGGGAGGGGACAUAUCUGAGCAAAAUACGACGCCUCUCACCAGCAGCCCACCAUCCGAAUGCGGCGUCAACGAACUGAAUACAGACAUUUUCUCUUCCAAAAUCUCGAUUGUUGAUCAAGUUUCUGAACUCUUUGCUGAAAAUAUUAUCGCAAAAGCGCUUCAAACCGCACAAUUUGCUCUUCAGGCACUUCCUGCCGCAUUUCCCGAAAUUGUACCCCAAGAACUCGGCCAAGAUGGGAGUUACAGCUUGCGAGAGGCAGACUUUUGGACAUGUGGUUUCUUCCCUGGCACACUGUACGCUAUUUUGGAGAGACUGAUCAAGUAUCCGCAAAGCGUGCAGCUUCCAAGGUCAAUCAGCCUUCAGCACUUACGCGAUCAGCUAACAACACUGUGUCGCACAUGGAGCGAACCCAUUAGAGGGAUGGAUGGUCGAACCGACACUCACGAUAUUGGAUUCAUCAUCAUGCCUUCUCUCCGCGCGGAUUGGGAACUGUUCAGUAACCCGCGGAGCCUACAAUCUAUUGUCAAGGCUGCAAGAAGUCUGGCAACCAGAUACGUUGCUUCGGCCAAGGCCAUACGAAGCUGGGACCUGCUAAAAAAGAAUGACAUUGAGAUUUUGGAUCAAGAAGACAACAUGAUCGUCAUUAUCGAUAGCAUGUGCAAUCUCGACCUUAUAUUCUACGCAGCGCACCAUGCGCAAGAUCCAACCCUAUCCGACAUAGCCACAGCACAUGCAGUAACACUGUUGCAGUCGCAUCUGCGCAAAGAGCCGGUAUUAUCUUCUUCAAAAGAUGCAUACAGAGGCCAAUGGUACUCGUCGUGCCAUGUAGCGAAUAUUGAUCCCAAAACCGGUGAUCUGAAGCGACGUUUGACAGCCCAAGGAUAUGACCACGAUUCAACAUGGUCGCGAGGGCAAGCAUGGGGAAUAUUGGGGUAUGCCGAGACGUAUGUGUGGACAAGAGACCGCCGAUUCCUAGAGGCAUCAUGUGGACUAGCAGAGUACUUCUUGCAUCGUCUUGAGAACGCGCCGCCGUGCGUGACGAAGGGCCGGAAGGUACCGCUGUGGGACUUCGAUGCACCCAUUGAAGAUGAAGAGAACCCUCUGCGAGAUUCAUCCGCAGGUGUAAUUGCCGCCAACGGUAUGCUCAUUCUUUCCCAGACACUGGCCAGCAUCGACCAGAUCAGUCUGUCAUCGCGGUUCCGCAAAGCAGCAAUGUCCAUUAUACAAGAUACACUGAGCUUUGCAUUGGCACCUGAGAAGGCCCAGCUAGUUUCAGGCCCAUACCAGCAUAUCGGAACGGAACAGGUACUUGCGGGAUGUCGCUAUGAUGGUAUGUUGAAGUUUGGCACAGCGAAUAACAACGCUACCGCGAGGAAACGAUACUCGAAUCAUGGACUAGUGUAUGGCGACUAUUAUUUAGUUGAAUUUGGGAACCGGUUGUUGCGCAUGGGUUUGCAUUAA